AUGCAACCUAUAAGCUAUGUCCGAAAAUCAAGCCUAUUACCGGAGACCCGACCAAAACUUGCACUUCAUUUUAUACCAAAGUCACGAGCUCAUCUAGGCUUAUUGGAGAAGAAAGUCGACUACAAAGCAAGAGCAAAGGAUUAUCAGCAAAAGCGAGACACUCUGAAAAAGUUGCACAAAUAUGCUAUGGACAAAAACCAAGAUGAGUACCAUCAUCACAUGAUAAAUAGUGAAGUCAAGGAGGAUGGAAGACACUUCGAAAAGAAGACUAAACAACAAGAGGAAGAAUCAGAAGUGCAGAAGAAGCUUAGCGAUAUCAAAGAUCUAGAAUAUGUGAAGUAUAAAUUAUAUGCAGAGAAUAAGAAGAUUGAAGAACUCAAAGCUGAAUUACACUUUGCUGAUCCAAGUUGCGGUUUGGGAGCAAGUAAACACACAAUUUUUGUGGAUGAUGAGGAGGAAGCUGUGCUCUCUCGGAAGUACAAUCGGCUGCGCAAAAAGGAUCUGUCAAGCAAAACCGUGAUUGGAGCGGAGAGCAAGGAUGAUGUGAAGGAUUUGGCCAAAUCGAAAAACGCUGAACUACAGCCGGUGAUGGUCAAACCUGGAAGUAUCGAUCACGCAGGGGUUUGGAAGUGGCCUUACGAGAGGAAACGAUGA